GGUAUGGAGGAGACGGUGGACAUGAACCGAGGCUUCUUCAGGAAAGUGGACGUUCCCGAUCAUGCACACUACAUAGUGGCCUUCUUCGUGGCUGUUAUCGGGGCUGUAGGAGUGAUUGGAAACCUGCUGGUCAUGUAUGCCUUCUUCAGUAACAAGAAACUACGGACGCCUCCGAACUACUUCAUCAUGAAUCUGGCAGUGAGCGACUUCCUCAUGGCCAUCACUCAGUCGCCCAUCUUCUUUGUCAACUGCAUGUACAAGGAAUGGGUGUUUGGUGAAAUGGGUUGUAAGAUGUAUGCCUUCUGUGGCGCUCUGUUUGGAAUCACAUCCAUGAUCAACCUCCUGGCCAUUUCCAUCGACCGCUACAUCGUGAUCACCAAACCCCUGCAGGCCAUCCGCUGGACGUCUGGACGCCGGACGCUCAUUAUCAUCCUCCUGGUCUGGAUCUACUCUCUCUGCUGGAGUCUGGCACCCCUUGUGGGAUGGAGUUCCUAUAUCCCAGAAGGCCUCAUGACGUCCUGCACGUGGGACUAUGUGACGUCCACGCCGGCGAACAAGAGCUACACUUUGAUGCUCUGCUGCUUUGUGUUCUUCAUCCCUCUUGGAAUCAUCUCUUACUGCUACUUCUUCAUGUUCCUCGCCAUCCGGAAAGCAAGCAGAGAUCUGGAGAAGCUGGGCAGUCAUGUGAGGAAGACAGCGCUCAUCCAGCAGCAGUCCAUAAAGACCGAGUGGAAGCUGGCCAAGAUUGCGUUUGUGGUCAUCAUUGUGUUCGUUCUGUCCUGGUCUCCUUACGCCUGCGUCACUCUCAUCGCCUGGGCAGGGUACAGCCACGUUCUCACGCCGUACUCCAAGGCAGUUCCUGCAGUGAUUGCCAAAGCAUCAGCCAUCUACAAUCCCUUCAUCUACGCCAUCAUACGCUCCAAGUACAGAGACACGCUGGCGGAGAAGGUGCCAUGUCUGCAUUUUCUCUCCCAGUCGUCACGGAAAGACUGCAUCUCAGUGUCCAACAGCGAGUCUUCCUUCAAGGAGCCCAUGCUCAGCCGACAGUCAUCAGGGUCAAAGGUCAAAUUCCAGCGAGUCUCCUCAAUGUCCACCGCAGACACAGUCUGGAGUGAUGUAGAAUUAGAUCCUGUGGACCAAAGGACUCUCCGAAACUCACAUUCAGCCAAUCUACUGAGAGAUGAAGAAUGGAAGACACAAACUAAACAGGGCAAGAUGAAGAACAGGAGGCGACAGGGGAAAAAACACAGUGAAGAGAAGGCUGCAGUCACAGAGAGCGGCUCUUUGAACGACUGCGGACUUGACCUGGUGUCCGAGUCCGUCAACAUGGCCACUGUUCCUCUUCUCAUGGCCAAAAACACUCCUGGGGAGGAACAAGAGGAGAAGUGCAAUGAGGAACAAGAGGACAGUAAUUCUCUGAGCCCCCUGAGCAAUGGUCUGGCUUUUUACGAAGACACGCAGGAGCCACAAAUCAUUAUCAUCCCCACAUCAGAGCAGACCAGAGAAGACAAAUUAAUACUGGACCUCAAGAGCCUGAACUGCUCCAGUGAGCUUCUGGAGUCUGUGGAGAAAUUCCUCUCCUGAGGCUGAACCAGAGACCCGGAGAUCCUCUUCUGUACGUUUGUGUUUCACUGAAGACGCUUGGGAACCACAGUGUUCACAUCAGUAUUGUAGAUGAACAAGCAAUCGGACCACAUUGCUUUGCUGCUAACAAUGAAUCGUAAGAACUAGUUAUGAUCUUAUACUUUCACUCCUCAAAUAUGCUUCAACUUCACACUUCAGCUACAGUGUGUAGUGUAGAAGUAGCUGAAAGAGACACAACCACUGUGCACAUUUGCCCUUUAAUAAAGAGCGUUCUUACAAAUAUGCAUCACAACCAUCAUAAAGACACUAAAAAACAUGCUCAAUUCAUUUCUCAAAACUAAGGAAUGUUCUGUGUUCAAUACAAGUUGUGCUCUAUUGACUCAUUGUUGACUGUUGAUUAUAGAAAAUAAUUGGGAAAGCAGAAAUUGCAGUUAUUGCAAUGCAAGUAAAAAAAAAAAAAGGAAUUUUUUGCUGUUGUUAGAAGUGAAUCACCCAGUAAAAACUUAUUUUUUUUCUUUAUGUUUAUUAUUUAAGAUGUAUUUUUUGCUUGUUAUGCAUUACUAAUAGUUCAUGUACGUAUAUUUUGCUGCAUGCAAAGUUAUUUUCUAAUAUCCUUGCAUGCAUCAUAAAAAAGUUUCCCAAUGUUUAUUGAUGUUUUGUGGUCAGGACACUAAAAUAAUUUGAUAUAUAAUAUAACUUUAACACUGACAGCUUUGAUACUGCAAGUGAUUCCAGUAAGUAGGUUGUUUCAAAGCAGCAAUAAACAGGAAAAUAACAGUAUUCAUCAGUUAUGAAAUGACUAGAAGCAGCUCUACAGAAGACGAUAGUAUUAUUACACCGCUCAGUUUAGAUCCAUGUUGAUUCAAUUCUCCUCUUGGACAUCAGGUUGUGCCAGUCUUGUUUUGUGGGUGUUUUUAUUCUGAAUAUUUGUGUACUGCUGUUGUAAGUGCUUUACGGUAACUUUUUACAAGUCAAAUGAUGAGACAAAUUUUUUUGUGUUAAUAGACAUUACAGGACAAAUAAUUUUUGAUAGAUCUUAACUUAUACUGGAUCUCGAAAAGUUCUUUAUGUUGAUCCCAAUACUGUAAAACACAGUAAAGCAUGUUUAACUGCUCUAUCCUAGAUCUCUCAGCUUUAUAUUGUGUGCUUAUUUCGGCUGUAUGCACCUAUUGUACAUGUGACUCAUCCCAUCACCAAAAACAAAUCCCGUGGCACCUGUAUGUUCUCGAAUCCUAUUUUGUAGUAACCUAUGCCAGAACAUUCGAGUGGUUUGUGAGGAAAGAUUUGUUCUAGUGUAAGAUAUAGUAUAAAACAACAAAAAAGUGACCUGAAUCUUCAUCAUGACUUCGAUUUACAUUUGCAUUUAUGCUCUUGGCAGAUGCAUCGACACCACUACAGCACUUCGCUCAUAUAUUAUGUUUGUUGAAGCCCUGAUUUGCCAUUUUCUCAAAUGCUAUUCGAUGAAAAUCCACAUGGAGCGGACCAAGUGUUGUGUACAUUCCCAUAACGUUCUAUGUUAUCAUAAGUAUUCAUAUUAAUUGUGAGGUUAAAAAUGCAACUGAGCUUUAUUGUUUCCUGUACAGUGAAACACUGCAUUGCACUGAUUGAUAUUAAAUGCACAGUGAACAAAAAUCCCAUGAUUCGGCUGCUACUGACAGUCUUAAUCUCCAGGAUUAUUCCUCAUUCAUCUGGAUCUUGGAGCAUUAGUUAAUGCAAACAUUAGAGAGUAUACUAGAUAAGUAUAAGUCAACCCUUUCUGUAAAUUUACGUUAUGGAAACAGCGGUCAUAUAUUGGCAUGUGAUUUAGGUAUAAAUAACCAUGCUUAUUAACAAAAUGCAUUUAAACUUAUCAAUAAAGAUGGUUGAUUGAGUCA